AUGCAGCCCUCGUCCUACGACAUUCAACGCGAGGUGGAGGCCCUGCGCGACAUCAAACGCCGCUCCACGACGCCAGGCGCAUUGACCAUAGACCCAGACCUACCCAAUCAAUCGCCGCCGGCUUCCCCCACAAACACUUACUGGUCGGGCACCGCGACGCCAGGCAGCAGCCCGUCACUCAUUCACGAUGACUCCUCAAGCUCCUCGCACAGCUCGAGUUCGGAGACCACAGGAUCUGCGGGGGAUGCUCCUGCAAAUCACUCCCAUCUCACGGACGACCCAUUCCAUCUCUUUUGGGUGCCUGCGAGCCUUCAUCCUGAAAUUGCACCUGCAGAGUUUCGAGCUUUCUUGAAGGAGCAUGCGAGGACGGCAGAUGGGUCAGAGGGCACGUUGGAGAGAUCUGCGUCGACAUCGAGCACACUAUCGGGGUUGUCGCGCAAGAAAUCUAUGCUCAGCCGGCAGUAUACGCCUGCAGAGCACGACGACGCCGAAGAAGAGGACAAGAUUCUUCCAUUAAAACGGAAUCGUUCAACCGCUAUGGGUAAUCGUGGUCCACAGCUUACCAUCAAAGACUUGCAGAAAUUGGAGGAGCUGGCUGAAGAGGCUUCGUCGAGUGAUGACCCAUCGAAACUUAGGAAUAUGCUUAGGCGGAGUCUUAGUCUGAACAUCUCACCGACAGCUAUGGACCAAAUGGAUAACAUGCCGGAUAUGCCAGACGAAGCCGAUGCCCCAAUCAUCGUCCCCCCGCCUGGCCAGAUCCUUCGACGAGCCGCACGGACGAAAAUACGCAAACCUGGACUACCAGGUGAUGGCGGAGGUCACCGAUUCGGUUCAUCUCGAAGGGGGGUACCGCAUCGAUCACAAAGCGCUUCUGUCGUACUCCCGAAAGAGUCUCGGACCUCUGACGAGGUGUCGAGUAGUGAUCAUGACCAUAACGAACCUUCACCAGAUAUUCCUACUCAUACUCCUUCACGGUCGAGGAGUUACUCUAAUGAAACAACCUCUAGCAUACGCAGUAGCACGAGACCAGACUCGUUCAGUGAAGAGGCCAUGAUAUACGAAGCUUAUGCCCGUGACGAAGACGAGCCUCAGCCCCCGCAGCCCCAGGCCAGUAGCAGCAUUCUACCCACCGUCAUCACUUCUCCACCCACACCCACGACUCUGGAUUUGCCAGAAUUCGAGGCACUAUCAUCGUCGGUAGAGGAACUUGCACCGACACUUUAUCACCCUCAACCACAGCGCCUGAGUCCCCAAACAUCACCUGAAUCCUCUUACCACGAACCUUCACGCACCCCAUCCCCUCCAUCGCCCUCUCCCCCUGCUUCAACAGAAUCACUGCCUGCUCACACCUCAGUAUCCAGCCCCCCUACAGCUUCCUCGAUCUCCUUAUCUCCUAGUCCACAGCGGAAAGAGAAGGACAAGAAGGGGCAGAAGGGACUCUUCAAAUGGGGCAGCGACAAGAGUGGGAAGAAAAAGGAGAAGGAGAAGGAAAGGGAACGAGAGAAAGCAGAGAAGGAGAAGGAGAAAGACAGCAGCUUCUUCGGUAGUCUUUUUGGAUCGAAAAAAAAGCAAGACGAUGGGAGCUCGCCUGCCUCGAAUGCCUCUGGCCGUGAAACAGCGGAACGGUUACUGGGCCAGUCCAAGAGGGCACCGACGUCGCCAUCCCCGAUUCUUGCAACGACCUUGCCUGGUGGUAACAACUAUGCCCGGUAUCCUAUACACGUCGAACGCGCGAUAUACAGGCUAAGCCAUAUCAAACUAGCUAACCCUCGCCGUCCUCUCUAUGAACAGGUUCUAAUAAGCAAUCUAAUGUUCUGGUACCUCGGUGUAAUUAACAAGGCUCAGACGACGCCGGCGGGUCCUCCGGUACCCAAUGGACCGGCGGCUAAUGGCAAUGGUCACGCUGAUGUUGAUCCUUCGGAGAAGGAGAGGAUGGAGGCUGAGCAGCGGGAGAGGGAGAGUGCGGAAAUGGAGAGGGCUGAGAAGGAAAGGGAGCAGAGGGAAAGAGAAGAACGGGAGAUGGAGAUGAAAAGGAAGGAGGGGACGAGAAGGGGUUCUUUAACCAAGACGCCAGCAGCGACCAACGGUGGGCGUCGAGCGGCAGAGAUGCCAGUCAGAGGACCGCAAUACGAAAUGCAGCACAGGGUGAUGGAGCAAGAGUAUGGUAACUACAACGGCGACCGAGGGGGGAUGGUCAAAGGCCGUCCACCGCAAAAUACCUCUCAUCGGCAACCUCACCAAGCUCCUCCAAAACUGGUUCAGCCACAACCCCAGCAGUCGCAAGAUUCCUACUACAACAUGGAAGAAUCUAGGCAGCAGCAACAACGGCUGCCAGCUGGCGCUAUGCCACCUGUGAUGAACCAAAACCCCUCGUCUGGUCCUCCUCGAAAGCACUCAUCAUCCUCGCCGCCUCCACCAUCGGGAGGUGUCUCGCCCCAACGACGUUCUCGCUCCCCGCCCCAUUCGAAUCAUUCGAAUACUCGCGGCCAGACUUCUUUGGGAUCAGCGAUGCAGUCGGAUGGUGAUGCGCACGGUUUGGCUGGUUCCAAACUGACCGGGCGCUCCCUCUCAGCGACUGCCGUCCCAUCGUCUUCGCCGCAAAUGGUAAACACUAAGCCGGUGCGAAAGGGACAUAGCGCGCAUGCUGUCGCCCCUCCCGCUGGUGCGCGAAGGCAGAGACUCAGCGACGACGGCGCGGGCGAAGAAGAGGACGUGCCACUAGCCAUGUGGCAGCAACGCCGGAAAUGA